GGGCCGCUCCGAUUUUUGCUUUUUCUCGUCCCAGAGCCGUAUCGCAGCUUCUUGGCAUCGUCUGCAACAGGCCCGCCUUUGCCAUCCCCUCCGUUCUCGCUCCCUUCCUUUGCAAGACAAGCCAAAGCCAAGCCAAGAUCGCCUUGGCCGUCGCAUCCAGUAGAUCCGCCUGACACAUCUGCAUCGCUGACUCUGUGCAUCGAGAUACAGACCUACUCCCUGGGCUCGACCAGCAACAAACUCCUAUUCAACCCAAAGAAGCCAUGAUUCGAUUAUCCUCAUUACGAAGCUCUGCCCGUGCUGGAUGCCGCAGCGGACGCCCUGCGUCUGCUCCUGCUCCUGCCGCCUCUAGCGGCGCCCGAUUUGCCCAAUCCCACCACACGGCCUCCAGCGCCCAGCCUGGUUCGAUGCCCUCACAGUCCGGCCUUGGCUCGUUACCUCAGUCCUUCUCGGGAAUCGGAGGCUUUUCCUCUGCCAGCUCCCUUCGCGCCAACGUCCCCGAGUCCAUGUCGAAGGCCGUUGCUCGUUCCGCCAUCCUGUCCUGCACCGCCAUCAACGGCUCCGACUGCCCCUUUGAUGAUUUAUGAGUUUCAGAAGCGAAACACAGCACUGGAACAUCGACGAGGAGAGAACGGGAUGAAUACUCAUCGUGAUCAAAGGGAGCGAGAAUCGUGAAUCUUCAGCAGCCGGAAUCUACGAUUGCGAACUGUCUGGCUGUUACGGACAUGUCCUCCCUCAUGUUCGAGGCGUUUGUUGGUGCGUAUGUAUGUGUAAGUGUGAGUGUACUCGUGGUAGCGAGUGCGUGAAUACAUCGCAGUUGUGUUUGGAACCCACUUCACUCUCCGCGCAGGGAUGGACAGACCAACCGAGUCGACAGCUGGUCGGUGAGGUUGAGCGCGAUGCACCUUUGCUGUCGUCGAAUCUAC